AUGAGCCCCAUUGAGUUACCUCCAUCGACUUCCGAGGAAGCAGACAGGAGGCAAUCGCAUGACUAUCCGAACAUGACGAAAGGCAACCCAAUACAAGAAAAGGGCGUAAGCCGCUAUCGAAUUGCUUCUAUGGCGGCGCGUUUCCGCAGUGCCUGA